AUGUUUUCAUUAGAUAAUUUAGUUAUUGUUUUCUUUAUUUUUUUAUAUUCAAUUUUUAAUUCCCUCAUCACCACCAUCAUCAUUAAUUAUUAUUAUUGUCCACAACAACAAAAUAAUAAUAGCAAAAUGUUUUCCAAAGAGGAUGUAGAUCGUCUUUUAGAGAAGCAAAAGAUGGAGCAUCUCAUGAAUUUUUCCAAUGAAAAAGCAACUCUAUCAAAAGAAAAUGAGGCUAUGAAAUUAAAAUUGGUAAAAAAACAAAUUAAAUCCUCAAAACUAAAAGUCUUGUUAUCAGAAUAUGAAAAUACAAUGAAAGGGGUAUUAGAAAAACCUUUGGCAGAAUCAGAAUCAAAUAAAUUAAGAAAUGCAUUAGAAGAAAAUGAUCAAUUAAAAAAGAAAAAUAUUCAACUUGAAGAAACAAACUCAAAACUCAAUACCGAAGUCCAAGUUCAAGUAAAGAAAUUUAAUUUCUUAAAAGUACGUGCCGAAGAAAGAUUGGAGAAUGCAUCGGAACAAUUAUCUGAAAUAAAAAAAGUUGCCGAUAAACAAAUUUUAGAACUAGGUUUAAAAUUAAAAGAGUCAGAAUCCAAAUUGUCUUUGAAAAAAUAA